AUGUCCAACCAWGGCCUGACCUACCAAGGCCUCCGUCGACCCUACUACCCUGGACAUAAUUCGUCCUAUCUCGACAACAUCCCCGAGGAGGAAAUCGAGGCAUACGCAAGACUGGAAGAUAUCGACGCAAAGCCAAACUCCAAGCGGAGUACUGCGAUGGCCGGCGAGCUCGAUCAGAUGGCUGCUGCUAAAGAGGAAGAACUGAAGCCGCCUAUUCAAGCCGGUGGACGUAGGCAAAGUGAUGGACAAAACGGUGUCACCGACUACCUGACUGCGGGCGGUGGCUCGUAUAGUGGUAUGAGCACACCGACGACGCCAUGCCUGACGCGGACCAACAGCUCAUCCGAUGUGUUUGGCAACUUCGAUUCUUUUGGACAGGAGAACUUUCCGCCCGUCGAUCGCCUGACCAUGUUCGACAUUCUCGAGAAUCUGGCAUUACCGCAGCGGUUGGAGAAGAUGCAGAAUGUGGUCCAUGAGAAUGCAGAGAAGCUCAGGCGGCAGAGGCAGAAGUUGACGCAUCGAGCCYUGUCCAGCAAGAACGUUGUAGUAGAGGAAUGGCGGAAACGAGUGCCAGUCAAUUCCGAUGAGAAGCUGGAAAAGUAUCGCAAGCGGAUGAGGAUAACGGUAGACCGGUUGAGCACGCGGUUCAAGAACGCCAAAAGCGUGUCUAUGAUGGAGAAGAUAUCCUUUGYGACGGCAGUCUUGAACAUCUUCAUAUCUGCCUACAUGAUGGGUUCGUUCCCGGAGUACUUCCACUACUGGUACACUGCGCAGCUGAUCUACUUCCUGCCCCUACGAUGGUUCAAUUACCACAAGACAGGCUUCCAUUACUUCCUGGCGGAUCUGUGCUACUUUGUCAACAUGCUGCUCAUUCUGUCCAUCUGGUUCUUCCCGCAGUCCAAACGCCUCCUCAUCAGCACAUACUGUUUGGCGUUUGGUAACAAUGCCGUGGCGAUUGUCAUGUGGCGGAACAGUCUUGUGUUUCACAGUCUUGACAAGACCACGACCCUAUUCAUCCACAUCAUGCCUUGCGCAACGCUGCACACGCUGGUCCAUCUCAUUCCCAAGCAAAUGCAAUUAGAUCGGUUCCCUGCCAUUCACACCAUAAAGUACUCGGCUCCUGGAGCGCCCGAACACUACCGACUAAUGGACAUGAUCAUCUGGGCCACCCUGCCUUACGCCAUCUGGCAAUUAUCAUACCAUUUCCUUAUCACAGUCCGCAAGCGUUCCAAGAUCGCGGCCGGUCGCCCGACAUCCUUCACCUGGCUCCGUCGUAGUUACCGCGGCAACUUUCUCGGGAAAUUUGUCCUCUCUUUCCCUGACAGCUACCAAGAGCCUAUAUUCAUGUGCAUACAAUACUGCUACGCUCUCCUGACGAUGGUGCCGUGUCCCAUUUGGUUCUGGUAUCACAAAGCCUCGGCAGGAUUCCUCCUGAUUUGUCUAAGUUGGGCGAGUUGGAACGGCGCAACCUUCUACAUUGAUGUCUUCGGCCGAAGAAUGGAGAAAGAGCUGGACCACCUCCGCAAAGAAGUGGCACGGAUGUCCAAGAGUCCUGAACUUUCCGGCCAGGACGGACUCAUCAGUCCAUUGAUCAGCCCAGCAGGACCGAUCGGCGACAGUCCAAGUCUGGGAGCUUCUGGUGUGACGACGGCGCUGGAUUUGGGCCCUCCUGCCACUUCAGAAACACCUUUAGUUGAAGCUAACGAUGGGAGGUUGCAUCAACGCGGGAAAUCCAUGGAUGCUAUUCCUCUUUUAGAUGCCGACAGGACAGCAUCCAAUCAUGAAGAGCCGAAGCGGCCUAUGGAUGACGGGCUCGCAUUGGGAAAUGAUAUAACGGGCGGCGCAUCCAAGAAGAACGAGUGA